AUGUCGUCGAACCGUAACAGCAGCGAUUACGCAGGGGAGUCCUUCGACGAUGCCCCUGAAGUCCCCGAGCACUUGAAUGUCUCUAUUCCUAUAUCUUCAUCCACGCGGUCGUUAACUGGAAGCCCGCCGGUCGGCUCAGGAGCUUCCCCCAAAACCACAGAUAAGCCAUCGUUCACUUCUGAAUCGCAGGACGAGCAGAAGGUCGAGACCACAGACGGAGGUGAAUCGUCCGGAAAGAAGAAAAAUAAGAAGAAGAACAAAAAGAACGCCAGACAGGAUGAGGCUGAAGCUACGGCCGAUGCCGAGGCUGAUUUUGAAGCUGUGCACACUCCUAUCAAGGAUGUGAGGCUGGACACCACAGAGAAUAUGAAAGAAGAGGACGUUCGGGAUCAAAUACUCACUCCGGUGGAAGCGGACGAGGCGGGUGAAGGAGAGGAGACCCCUAGGAGAAACGUGGCCCAGAAGUCCCCCUUGCUCACCUCCCACCGGUUAUCUACUACAUCUUCGCUGGACGAGGUGAAUCUGACAACCGGCAAGGACGACGAGCAUCUCACCCAUCAGGUUGGAACGCCCGAGCUCAAGUCGGAGUCGCCUCCAGUGCCUCCGAAGGAUGAGGUGGCGUCUCCAAGCUCUGGAUUGAUGGGCUUAUCUGGAAGCCUGCCCUCCUUGCCAUGGGGAGCUCCCCCAGUCAACAAGAACCUUCCUCCUGCGGCCCCUCCACCUCCCCCGACCCGCAAGUCCAGUGGACCUUUCGCAUGGUUUUCCCGCAGCUCGACCAGUGCCAAAGACAUCAAGUCUCCACCCCCCAGUGGCCGAAGAAACACCUCUACCUCGGUAUCGACCGUCGUGAGCGGUUUGGACCUGGUGGAUGGAGAUGCCUCGAGCAUUCACUCCAAAAAACCGAGACGGAAUAGUUUGAAGGACCAGUUUAAGAUUCUGCGGAUGCGGGAGGAGUCUACUCUCCCUGAGAACGACGAAGGUAGCAUACGUUCGGGUCAUGCGAGUAUCAGCCAUUCUGGUGCUAGCCCUCCAAUCAUUCCGGAAGAAGGUGAAGACGGUAUCCUGGUCGCUCCUGCUGCUCCUGCCUCUGGAGCAACCUCUCCUGGAGGCGUCCCCCCGUCGACCAUCAACCCUAGUCUUGCCCCUGGGACCGUGUCUGGAUUCUCACAAUCUGCAACUGACGCAGCUACACCGGUGGACUGGGAUCUCUGGCAACAGCUGGUCAACAAUGGUCCACAGGCCCUAGCCAGCUCGGAGGAACUGAAUGCCGCUAUCAAGCGAGGAAUUCCACAGACUAUCCGUGGUGUGAUCUGGCAGAUUUUGGCAGACUGCAAGAUUGGCGAGUUGGAGGAGAAAUACCGUGAAUUGGUUGCCCGUGGCACAGACAAGGACCAGCGAACGCCGAGCGUCCAGAUCAACAGUCUGGCCGAGAAAGAGUCUAUUCCGUCAUCGCGCUCUUCUAUCCGAUCCAACAACUCGGGCUCCGGGACACAAUCAACUAGCCUUACUCCCAGUCUUUCUCAGGAGACAGAUCCCGAGAAGAUGGCCCGAGAGCAGGCCGCUAGUGAGAGUACCCGCUUGAAGAAGGCCAAGGAUGAGGCUUCUGUACUGUCGAAGUUGGAGAAGACUAUCCGAAGAGACUUGGGUGCUCGGACAAGUUAUUCGAAAUACUUUGUCUCGCAAGGCAGCCAAGAAAGCCUGUUCGGGCUGUGCAAGGCCUAUGCGUUGUAUGAUGAGGCCGUGGGGUAUGCUCAAGGCAUGAAUUUCAUCAUCAUGCCUCUGUUGUUCAACAUGGACGAGGCCGAUGCUUUUGAACUGCUUGUCAAACUCAUGAACAAGUAUCGACUCCGUGAAAUGUUCAUCUCGGAAAUGCCUGGUCUCCACCGCAGCCUUUACCAGUUCGAGCGACUACUGGAAGAUUUAGAGCCCGCUCUCUACUGCCACCUCCGGCGACGGGGUGUGCCCCCGCAAUUGUACGCAACACAAUGGUUCUUGACUCUCUUCGCCUACCGCUUCCCGCUGCAGCUGGUCCUCCGCAUCUACGAUCUGAUCUUUGAGGAAGGCCUGGAGGUCACGAUUCUCAAGUUCUCUAUUGCCAUCAUGCGUCGCAAUGCCGAGGCACUGCUGGAAAUGAAGGACAUGAGUGUAUUGACGACUUUCCUGAAGGAGCGUCUCUUUGAUGCAUACAUCGACAAGCAGCCCUCUGCCUCUUCCAUCCUGGAGUCAGGCUUCUUCGGAAGCUCUGGCGCUGCUGACAAGGAGACAUACCGUGCGGACCUUAUGGUGCAAGAUGCCUGUGCCGUGCCUCUGACGCAGGAGAUGAUCAAUUCAUAUACCGGCGAGUGGGAGGAAAAGGUUCGCACCGAGAAAGAGCGUGAAGCCGAGCUAGAGGGCCUCCGUCAUACUGUGAGCACACAAGCCGCCCGGCUACGACUUUUGGAGGAGCGCUCCGAGGCAUCGGAUAAGGAGCAUGUGCAGCUGGCCUCGGAAUUGGUGCAUGCCAAGGUGGAGAAUGAGGAGCUGCGUGACUUGAAUGACGCGUUGAAACUGCAAGUUGACCAGUUGAAGAACGUAGUUGAUAAGCAGCCUGGCGAGGUGGAGGAGAAGCUACGGACCGAGAUGGACCGUAUCAUGAAGCGAAACAUUGAGGUACAGAACGAGAACCGUGCGAUGGAGGACUCGAUAGCGGAGAUGGAGAAGGAGCUGGUGGCUACGAAGAUGAAGUGGGCCGAGAUCUCAGAAGAACACGAUACUCUCCGCCAGAAAUGGAGUGACAUCCGCCGCGCCCUGGACUAA